AAUGGUGGCACUUGCAUCAACACCAACAAGUGCAGCUGCCCCAUCGGCUUCACUGGCCCAACCUGCAACCAGACAAUCAAUGCCAUUGUAUCAAGCGGCGUGGACGGUUUCUACAUCUGCCCGCGCAACGGCGUCUGCAGGGUGGCCGCACCCGGCCUCCUGAGCCUCUUCGUCAACCCCAAGCAGCUGCCCCUCUAUUUGGUGGCUGCGGGCAAGACCAGCCCAGCCGUCGGCGUGCUGGACGUCAAGUCUGACGGCUCGCUCACCUACACCCCGCCCAUUUCAUUCGCCGGCAACGUCUCCUUCCCAGUAACAAUCACCGAUCUGACAUCACUCAGGACUCUCAACAUAGUGCUGUCCAUCACCGGCCCUGCACCGCCCGUCCCCACGGCUGUGAACGACUUUUUCACGUGCCCCCUGGGCACUGACUGUGUGAUCCCAGCCCCUGGUGUGCUGGCCAAUGAUGUCAGCACCAGCGCGGGCGCCAAGCUUGUCGUCACCAGCAACACUGGGAACGUCACCGUGACGCCCGACGGCCAGGUCACCCUGAAGUUCGUCCCAGGCUUCUCUGGCAACUCGAACUUCACCUACACUAUCAGCGACGGCGUCUCCCUCUUCACCUCCACCGCCACCGGCACCCUGAGUGUCCCGGCCGUCCAGCCCUUGGGCGCAGGCGUCAGCCAGGUCUUCAACACCUUCCUGCUGCUGACCCCCGCGGACGGCAGCGGCGCCAACGCCGCGUGCCCCGACCCCGCGCCUGGUCUGUCCGAGAUCACUAACGCCGCGGUGGCCAGGCUGGGCACUGUUCAGAACAUCACCAGCAUCCAAAGCUCUUUUGUGAAGUGCGACUUGGUGGACAGCGGCAAGGUCCUGGUCACCAUGGCCACCACCGUCGGCGCAGCCAGCGCCGGGCCCAUCGCCACCCUGCUGGCAGGCGUCAACUCGCCCGCAUCCGUCGGCGCCGCGCAGCCCCUCGCCAACAUCUGCGCGUCGUCCCUGUUUGCAUCGCUGUGCAACGGCACUGUCUUCAGCAGGCUGCGUGUGGUCGACGGCUGCGCGACGGUCAACAGCCAGUGCCUUCCCGAGACGCUGCGCACCAAGCGCUGCAUCGUCCGGGGCCAGACGAUCGGUGGCUACACUUUCGUGCGCUCAAGUGCUGGCCGUGCCAUACCCUUCUUCAACGCCAACUCAGCAGGCGCCGCGUCAGACUCGCCUCAGGCCCGCCGCCUGCUGCAGAAGGUCCGCCAAGCCACGAUUGAGUCGUGCUGCGUAAGCCCCAAGCAGAAGGAGCCCCCGACAGGCACCGCCCCCACCUGCAAGAAGAUCAAUGUCGGCAAGAAGUUCACCAGCCUGGGUGCCUUCAAGCCCACUACCUGCAAGUGCACCAACAUCCGCGAGUUUGUGCAGGGCGCGAUGACCACCAAGGUGCCCAAGGUCAACGUCACCUUCAACCCGGCCGCCUACCCCUUCAGCGUUGGGUUUGUGGGCACUGUGUGCGUGCCCAGCCCGUCUAAGAGCAACCCCCUGAAGUGCACUAACAAGUUCCAGACCGUGGGUGCUGCCACCGUCACCUGCGCCAACGGCACCCUGAACCUAGCCUAUGAGUCGGCACCCCGCUAUGUCAUCGGCCGCGCGCAAAACGUUGUCGCUACAUGCGCCAACAGCAGGCUGAACCAAAUUUCCUCCUGCAACAUCGUCAAUGCGGCCGGCACGGUUGUGAGCCCCACCAUUACUGGGGGGAUGCAGAUCACCAACCCAGACUUUGACUCCAGCUGCGUGUGCAAGUCGACCGGCCUCAAGCCGGUGCUGCUGCUGAGCGCUGUCGAUGUCAUCGCGGGCCAGCAGUGCACCCCGUGA